AUGCUGGAGCAUGCGUACACGGAGGUACUCUCCAGGUCUGCUGUGUCGCAGGCGACCAGUCGGUACCUUGUCCUGUCCCAGGUGGUGAAAGCAGUAUCCCGAGGGGAGGAGUUGGUGCAGCAGUCCUACAGACACAAGGCCGCUGAGCUGAGCCUGAAGCAGGGCUGCCUACUUUGGGGUUCCAGGCUGGUGAUCCCACAAAGUCUCCAGUCCAGAGUCCUGCAGUUGCUGCACGCGGGGCAUCCUGGCAUGGAAAAGACCAAGAUGGUGGCCCAGUCCCACGAGUGGUGGUCUCGCCUGUACCAGGACAUCGCUCACAUGGUGCAGAGCUGCGAACUCUGCCAGGAACAUCAACGGGCCUCGCAUCAUGUGGAGAUCACCCCAUGGUCAUUCCCACAGAGGCCCUGGUCCCGCCUUCACGUGGAUUUUGGGGGCACCUUCAAAGGCCACUACUUCCUGGUGGUGGUCGACGCAUUUUUAAAGUGGGUGGAAGUUUUACCUGUCAACACCCCAUCAGCAGGUGCGACCAUUGCAGCACUGCGGCAGGUCUUCGCCGCCCAGGGGCUGCCGGACAUCAUAGUCUCCGAUAAUGGGCCCGCUUUCCCCAGCGCAGAGUAUCUGACCUGGUUGACGAAGAACGGGUGGGUGGUGUAG